UUAAAACUCGUUUAUGGCCGCUCAGGCAUCAACCAAUGCCAUCUUUACCACUGUUCCUUCCUCUUUUUCAUAUUCCUCACCUAUACGCCAACCAGACGCCGGCCGACGCCGGUUCGUGACCGGGAUUUCAAGGCGUAUAUCCGCUCGACAUCGCCGGAGAGGCCGGAAAGGCAGGCCGGACGACAGAGAGGGGAUGGCGUCUUCAAGCCGUGCCUCGCCUCCGCCACUCUGGCGGAACGAGAACGGCGGUUCCUUAUCCGUCAUUGGAUACGACGAAGAGGAGGCGUUGCAUCCUGCUGAUCGGAAUUUUGGUGGUAAUGAAAUGUCCAACUCUGGUUACGGGAGCGGUAGCUCGGCAUCCUUGAAUGCUCUCUCAGUCAAGGAAGCACCUGGAGAAAAUUUUCAGGAGAAAUACUCCAGUAUAAAUCUUUUAAAGAAGAGCAGUUCUAGGCUGAGUGCCAUAAAUUGUUUUGGGGUGGACUUGUCACCAGAUAAUAUCGCUGUUGCAGUUGUAUAUUUUGUGCAAGGAGUACUUGGUCUUGCUAGGCUUGCUGUAAGCUUUUACUUGAAAGAUGAUCUCCAUCUUGAUCCUGCAGAAACAGCUGUUAUAUCUGGUUUUGCUUCAUUGCCUUGGUUGGUCAAGCCACUUUAUGGAUUUAUCAGCGACUCCUUCCCACUUUUUGGCUAUCAUAGAAGGUCUUACCUUAUUCUAUCUGGGCUUCUUGGAGCAUUUUCAUGGAGCUUGAUGGCCACCUUUGUUGACAGCAAGUACGGUGCUGCAGCAUGCAUUCUUCUUGGAUCUUUUUCAGUUGCUUUUUCAGAUGUUGUUGUAGAUUCCAUGGUUGUUGAAAGAGCUCGUGGUGAGUCACAGAGCACAUCUGGAUCGCUUCAAUCUUUAUGCUGGGGAUCUUCUGCUUUUGGAGGGAUUGUGAGCUCAUACUUCAGUGGUUCUUUGAUUGAUGCUUAUGGUGUCAGGUUUGUUUUUGGUGUUACAGCCAUUCUUCCUCUGAUGACUUCAGUUGUUGCAAUUUUGGUUAAAGAGCAAGCAAUGGCAUCUGUGAGAGGUUAUAAUAUGUCAACAUCUGGCUUAAGUUUAUUGGAAAGUUGCAAACAAAGCAUUAGUCAGUUAUGGAAUUCUGUCAGGCAACCAGAGAUAUUUUUGCCUUCAUUGUUCAUAUUUCUUUGGCAAGCUACACCCCAUUCUGAUUCUGCCAUGUUCUACUUCACCACAAACAAACUUGGUUUUACUCCAGAAUUCAUGGGACGUGUCAAACUUGUUACUUCUGUGGCAUCCUUGGUUGGUGUUGGUACGUACAACACAUUUCUAAAGAAUGUCCCCUUAAGGAAAAUUUUUCUUGCAACAACCAUUAUUGGUUCAGUUGUUGGGAUGACUCAGGUACUUCUUGUCACCGGAUUAAAUCGAGAGUUUGGGAUAAGUGAUCAGUGGUUUGCUAUCGGUGACUCUUUGAUCAUAACAGUCCUCAGUCAGGCCUCAUUCAUGCCUGUACUAGUUCUAGCGGCUCGGCUGUGCCCGGCCGGCAUGGAAGCAACUCUUUUUGCUACUUUAAUGUCCAUCUCAAAUGGCGGAAGUGUAUCUGGUGGUCUUAUGGGUGCUGGCCUGACUCAACUUCUUGGCAUCACCAAGGAUAGUUUCACCAAUUUGUCUCUCUUAAUCAUUCUUUGUAAUCUCAGCUCAUUGCUACCUCUGCCGCUCCUGACCUUACUUCCAGCUGAUAUGCCAGAAGAAAAGAGGUCCGAUACGAACCAAACCAAGUUGAGCUGAUCAUCAUCUUUUGGCUUUUCUUCUUCUCAAUCAACUUUGGAAGGAAUACUCAGAAUGAAUGCUUUGAAGCCACAUAUGUGUCUGCGUUGAGCUUAAAGGUGCUGUUUUGGCUCUUACCAAAGGAAAAUAGAAUUGGAAAACAAGUUUCUUAACUGAAAAUUUGUUUCCUCACUGUAAAAGAACUGCAAGUUUCAGAACACUGUUUGCUGCUGCUUCUGCCCGAAUUCACCGUCCUUAAGUACACCUGCUACUUGCUUUCCAUUGCUUUUUUAAAUGUUAAUAUGUUUUGUAGAACUAAAUGUUUUUUUUGUUAGUAUUUGCUGCUCAUCUUUCAACGCACGACUGUAAAUUUUGAAUGUUAUUGAAAACAAAUUCAUAAUUACAAGGCAUGCCACCGUUUUUUAGUCCUAGUGUAGAGUAUUGCCAUUUUUAGCCCCAUCAAAUUCGUGGCUUUAAGUUAUAUUGCAUGUCUUCAUUCCU